AAGUAAACUUAAAUUAUGUGUCUUAUCUUACUUUCUUUACUAUUAGUAUCUAGUAGGUGAAUCUCAAGUUCUACUAAUACCCAACCCACAAUGAGUGAAGUUUGGAUUUGAGACAAAAUCAACUUUUUCACCCUCAAUAACAAAAGUGUUUGUUUGUUUAUUUAUACAAUUAUUGAUCAGAUCAUUGAUGUAGUUGGGUAAAGUCAAAGAAGGAAUACAUCCUUUGUGACAUCCUAGAUAUCUCCACCCUGCCCACAUUGUUAUUUCCGGCCAACAAGUGCAGUUUGUCCGUGUCGAAUGGCGUCCGGCUCCAUCAGCGAGAUCGAAGAAGAGGCUGACGUUAGCGAGUAUGAGGUGGGGGAGGAGAGGAAGUGGUCGUUGGAGUCGGAGAGGGAGAAUGUAGUGUAUGUUGCGGUGUGGAAGGAGAUUGACGAGAGGUUGAGCAUGGACGCCUUGCUGUGGACGCUCAACAAUGCUGUGAUUGAUCCCUCUUCCGCUCUCGUCUUCCUCGUCCACGCCUUCCCUCAGACCAGCUUCAUCCCUUCGCCAUGUAACUCAUCUCUCUCUCUCUCUCUCUCUCGCUCUCCCUCUGAUGAGUUUCUUGAAAUGGCAGUGGGGAAGUUGCAUAUCGAUCAAGUGAACCCGGAGCAGAAGGAGAUGUUUUUGUCCCAAGAAAGUGGCAAGAGGAGAGAUCUUCUGCAAAAGUUUGUCAAUCUCUGCUCUGCUUCUCAGGUUAAAGUGGAGACCAUACUUGUUGAAAGUGAUAUGGAGGGUAAAGCCAUACUUGAUCUCAUUCCUAUUCUCAAUAUCACAAAGCUCAUUCUUGGUGCCAGUAAGGCUACUGUAAGACGGAUGAAGUCCAGUAAAGGGAAUGGAGCAGUUGAUCAGAUAGUGCACAAGGCACCUGGAUUCUGUGAGGUUAAGAUUAUAUGUGAAGGGAAGGAAGUUUCCGACCUGUCGAUGACAGAGUCCCCGUCUCCUUCUCCUUCUCCUUCCCCCUCUCCCAGGCCAACUCAUUCAACACCCACCUUUGCUCAAAACAAACAACAAACAGCGAAUGACUCAGCUGCUUGCGGUUGUUUUAAAAUCUGAGUCCUGUUAAUCCAAGUGCAGAUUUGGCCCGAAACAGUUGGGAGAGAGAGUGUGUCAAACUAAAUAUAGACUUCAUGAAUGAUGUUUGAGACAAUCAUAGUUGCUUCUUGUCAUUUACUACUAGAAUCUAAAAAAUGUAAACAGUUCAUUUGUCAUCAUGUAACAAGUUUGUCAAUGGAUUGUGUAUUUUGUUGAACUUUUUGUAGUCCAACUUUUUUGCAAAGCCUUUCCUUCUAGUAAGAAUGAGGAAACAUACUUUUA